CUGGAGCGGAUAAAAGGCUCCCCAGCCCAGGGGUCUUCAUUCAAUCGUCUCCAGCUCUCCUCUCCUGACUCCASUGCUCAGCAGGCUUUGCCUCCCCUCCCAUACCCAAGAUGAGCGGAUGCUGCGGCGGUAGUAGUGGCGGUAACAGUUGCACCGUGUGCUGYUACAGCAGCCCCAAGUGCUGCAAGCGGCCCAUGUGCUGCAGCCCCAUGCAGUGCUGCUCGUCCUGCUGCUCGCCCUGCUGCAUGCCCAUGCAGUCCUGCUGCAUGCCCAUGUCGUGCUGCAUGCCCAUGUCCUGCUGCUACACCAUGAGCAACAACAACAACAACAGCAGCUGUUGCGGCUGCGGCAACUGA